UACUUAGCAGUUGUUGGAAGGGGGGUAAAAGUUUUAAGAGAGACUCCUCUUUUUCCUGAAGUGCUGACGCGGACUAGAGCUGCGUGUAACAACCAGCCUAACGGGGCAACAGGAAUUGCCACCAUGUUGCUCGCCGUUUUACUACUUGGGUCAAUUUUCGCAACAUCAGAAUGCUACUUUUCAGAGGAAAACUUCACCGAAGAAUCCAAGAUGCAGCUGCCUACUGUUGUGAUUGCCAUAAUCGCCAGAAAUGCUGCCCAUUCGCUGCCUUACUACCUCGGCGCUCUUGAGAGACUGAACUAUCCUAAAGACCGCAUCUCUAUUUGGGCAGCGACAGACCACAACUCGGACAACACCACCGCCGUUCUGAGAGAGUGGCUGACCAUCAUGCAGAAGCACUACCACUACAUAGAGUGGAGACCCAUGGACAAACCUCUAUCUUACCCUGGGGAGUUGGGGCCUAAGCACUGGCCUAAUGGCAGAUAUGAGUACCUGAUGAAGCUGAAGCAGGGUGCCCUAACCUUCGCCAAGAAACGCUGGGCCGACUACAUCCUGUAUGCAGACACAGACAACAUCCUGACCAACCCUGAGACGCUGAACCUGAUGAUGGCUGAGAAUAAGUCAGUCGUUGCCCCUAUGCUGGACUCCCAGAGCGCCUACUCCAACUUCUGGUGUGGGAUCACCCCACAGGGUUACUACCGGCGUACGGCAGAGUACUUCCCCACAGUACAUCGCCACCGGCAGGGCUGUUUCCCAGUUCCCAUGGUACACUCCACCAUGCUGCUGGACCUGCGUAAGGAAGGCCCUAAGAGGCUAGCCUUCCAUCCCCCUCACAAAGACUACUCCUGGCCCUUCGAUGAUAUCAUUGUCUUCGCCUUCUCCUGUCGAGCCUCUGAGGUCCAGAUGUACAUAUGCAACAAGGAGCGCUAUGGCUACCUGAAUGUGCCUGCAAAGCCCCAUCAGACAGUGGAGGAUGACCGCAUCAACUUUGUCCAUCUGUACACGGAGUCCCUGGUGGAUGGUCCUCCAAUGUACUUCUCUGGCUACGUCCACCAGGAGCUCAAACAGACAGACACCAUGGGCUUUGACGAGAUCUACCUGAUUAACCUGCGGAGGCGGCCGGAGCGACGAGAGAGGAUGAUGUGGUCACUGUACGAGCUGGGGAUCAAUGCUAAAGUGGUGGACGCCGUGGACGGAGGAGCUCUGAACAGCACUGACAUUAAGGUCCUGGGCGUGGAUCUUUUGCCAGGGUACCAUGACCCCUUCUCUGGCCGCACCCUCACCAAAGGAGAGGUGGGCUGCUUCCUAAGCCACUACUACAUCUGGAAGGAGAUGGUGGACAUGCAGCUGGACAAAGCGCUGAUCUUAGAAGACGACGUCCGUUUCCAGGGCAACUUCAAGCGUCGGCUCCUGCGUCUCAUGGACGAGGUGGAGAAGGUGGAGCUGGACUGGGACAUCAUAUACCUGGGCCGUAAGCAGGUGAAACCCGAGGAUGAGGAGGUGGUGGAGAACGUGAGGAACCUGGUUGUGGCCGGCUACUCGUACUGGACACUGUCCUACGCCAUCUCUCUGCAGGGCGCCCAGAAGCUCAUCAACGCAGAGCCCCUGUCCAAGAUGCUGCCCGUCGACGAGUUCCUGCCCAUCAUGUAUGACAAGCACCCAAACGAGGGCCACAAGUCCCACUUCCCCAACCGAAACCUGCAGGCGUACUCUACACGCCCCCUACUGGUGCAGCCCGCACAGUACGCCGGCGACCCAGACUGGGUGAGCGACACGGAGACCUCCACGCUGUGGGACGACGACUCGGUGCGCACCGACUGGAGGGGGUCCCAAAAGACUCUGAAGGGGACCCCUCAGGCCGGACUGAACAGCGCCUACAGGGACGAACUGUGAAUCCCCCCCCCCCCCCCCCAAAAAAAAAGAAUGAGCCUCUGUCCAAAUGAGAUACAAUCUUAAUGUCCCUGAGGAUCAUUGACAGUUUACAGUCACGGAACUAUGAGGAACGGUAUAUCAGUCUCCCCUUGGGAGGAGGUUUUGUGCCAGGGCUCUUCGGCUCAUGAAACAAACUGAGCUGGAGACUUUGAUGGUGUUUUCUUUUUCUUUAUCCACUCAAGGAGGUGCGUCUUGCCCAUGAAGCUUCAUGAAGCUCUUCACUGAGAAGAUGCACAUGAAAAACAGUUCCCUCAUCUACAAAGCACACACACACACAGAUAUACGCACACACACAUAGAUAAGUAGUAUAGUAUACUACUUAUAUAGUAUAGUAUACUCAAACCAAACAGUGUUGACGCCGAGGCUCCUCGGGAAAACAAACUCAUCUGCACGGCGUGAGUGCUUUUGAAGGCUUCUAGGACAUUUGGGCUCAUUCAUUUAUAUGUUUUUGUAUUUUUUGCACGUGCACAUGUGACAAGGACACCAGGACCUUGGAGUGCCGGUUAGGUAUGGGGAGAUACCAUGACAACCCUCUCCUAGACUUCUUCUCUUCUUGCAACCUUCUCUCUAGAUUCUGAACUUUUCUAAUUGGAUAAUAACAAUCAGGUGUGGUUGUAUGUGUGUGUGUAUGAGGGUGUGUGUGAAGUGAGAAGUUGUGUGUUGUAUUGUUCUUAAGGUCUCAGCUUUAUUGCAGUUUGAUAUUUGCUUAUUGUACAGAUUCUUUAAUGAUAACCUAAACUAAGGUUUGUGAGGUUUUUUUUCAGUGUCUAUUGUAAGUAUGUUUUUUUUAGUAACUAAGAGCAACUGCUUGGCCAGUUCUUCUGCCAUAGACCAUGACCAAAUAUAGCAGCAGUGUUUGUGUGGGAAAUGCUUUCCCUCAAAAUGUCUUCAUGUGGCCUAACACUACACAGAAAAUAUGUAGAUUCGUUUUUGAGUCUCUCCACAUAAAUGCCGGUUUGAAUUGGGUUCUAGUAAACUUUCCCUCCCUAA